CUCCGAUUAUUAUUAAUGUUCAGUGUUCCUAGACUUAAAGUUAGAAUUCUUUUACAUUUAAUAAAUAAAGAAUACCGAAUUAAAUAGCGACGAUGGCUGGCGAAUCAGAAAAUGUUGUAAGAAACAUGCCCAUAGACCUGUACUACGUUCCCGGCUCUGCCCCCUGCCGGGCUGUGCUCCUCACGGCGAAGGCGCUCAACCUCAACCUGAACCUCAAGCUGGUGGAUCUUCACCACGGGGAACACCUGAAGCCUGAAUACAUCAAGAUCAACCCCCAACACACAGUGCCCACCCUCGUGGACGAUGGUUUCGCGAUCUGGGAGUCCCGUGCUAUCAUCACAUACUUGGUCAACAAAUACGGCAAGGGCAGCAACCUGUACCCCGAGGAGCCCAAGGCCAGGGCCCUUGUAGACCAGCGCCUCUACUUCGACAUCGGCACGAUUUACCAGAGAUUCGCUGACUAUUUCUACCCACAACUGUUCGGCGGUGCCCCAGCCGACAAGGACAAGCUGGCUAAGAUCGAGGAUGCCCUGAACCUCCUGAACACGUUCCUGGAGGGACAGAAGUACUCGGCCGGCCCAAACCUGACCGUCGCCGACCUCAGCCUCAUCGCCAGCGUCUCCAGCUUCGAAGCUUCCGAUAUCGACUUCAAGAAGUACUCGAACGUUAAGAGAUGGUACGAGACAGUCAAGUCUACCGCGCCCGGAUACCAGGAGGCCAACGAGAAGGGACUCGACGCCUUCAAGGGUCUGGUCGCCAGCAUGAUGAAAAAGUAACCGGCGAACACCCGUACCGUGGCAUUCGCUCCAAUUGUUUAUACCGAUAACUUAGACGUGCAAAUACUUAGGUGACAAUUAUCAAAUGUGGCUGUUGACACCACAUUAUCUCUCAAAUUUCCGUCACCUAUCUCUUUUCUAGUUUCAUUUUAGUUUUAUUGGGACUAAAAUACUUGUCGAAAAUAAGUUUUAGGAUAAAUGAAAGGAGCUUAUUGUAUUUCCGAUACACAGUACCAAGCAAUGCUGUCACUUUCACAAACUGUUGUUUUUCAAGUUACACUGUUUUACAAUCUCAAAUUUAUUAUAUUUAAGACUUAGGUUUUAAGGCACCAAUAAAAAAUAAAACUUA